GAUGGUUGAAAAUUUUAUUAUGUGAUGUCCCGAAUGAACGCGUGAACACCUGGUGUCUUUUCAAGGAGUUUGUCCACAGCUUGGAUAUCACCAAACCAAAUGUAAGAUAAGGCUGUAACUAAGAACGCAUUUGCCACUGCAUCACAGAUGUGAACUGGCCUGCAAGGCCGAGUUCAUCUCCCACAACAAACUUCUCAUCUUUUUGCAAACUGCUAGUGUGACAUUUCCACUUAGAUCAAGAGAUCCGUGUGCCCAUAUGAUAUCCUUUUCGGAGUCUGGCCAAGAUAUAACAUGCUUAAAUUUAUUCUAUCAUCGGAUAUAGAGGGCCCAGUUGUUCCCCAACAUGAGCCAGGAAGAGGAGCCUUCCUGCAAGCAGGUCUCUGACAGGUUCCAUGAUGGAACUGGUGGCGAGGAAUAUACUAGACACUAGUUAGGUGUCAUGUCAUCUUUUUUGCUCAGUAGAAAAAGCAAGAGCAAAGUGAGGCGACUGUUUGAAAGACACAAGAGAGAUGGGGAGGUUGAAAGCGAGAAGAAAGUGGAUAGAUAGUAUUGAUGUAGGUAUGACUACGCUAAGACAUCGUGAUCGGUUGCUGCCUCGCUCAACCAACAACAUUCAAUAUCCAGUUGUUCCAGUUGUAGUCCAUUCGCUCACCUGUAUUUUAAUAAAUCCUCUGCAAAAGACAUGGGAUCACAGCUACAGCUCACGCUGCUAACUCGAAAUGAUCUUCGAGGUAUAUACCGAUUACCUAGUUAGGAAAUAGGUGGUUGUACCAACGCGUCACGUGAGUAGACCCAAGGAUCCCCUGCAGACAAGCAUUGCACACUGGAGGAAGUUGAAGAAGCACCGUUGCUGUUAAUCCCAACCGGAUUAUCUUGUGGACUGGAUUUCGCAACGGAGUCUCCGCCCUAGGCGAGAAUUCAAUCGACUGAGACGGUAUAUACUACAAGCACUGAAUUCGAGCAAGCCGAGACGGCAGAGCUAACCGGGAGGGAAGUCACGGGUCCAGGUGUUAAUGCUGCAAGUCUUCCCCGAGAAUACCCAUAGCAUGGAGGAACGGGCAAUAGGGAAAUUAAAUGCAGCUGUAGGAAAGACGUCACCAGGGUUUAUUUCUUGCUUGCUGGUGGCGUGUUCUCUCUAACCCGGAAUUGGGUGACGCUCGGGUUCGCAGUCUGGAUCCUAAUAAUAUCGUCUCCAUUGUUCCGUCCCGUGGAGCAUUCCAUAUUUAAGUCUCCGGCAGGCUGUCACCUGGAAUUGAUGGCACGCACUCGUAGAAGUCUCUCCUUCCAAGUCUCUCCUUCAGUUCACUCACUCUCUCACUCUCUCUAUCUCCGUCCUUCUUACCGCUGGAUUCCCCAUCAGUAAUCUCACCCUGGUUGUAAUAAUCUUAAUUACCGCAGACAGCAAAGAAGAACCGAAGGAGAAAGAUAAAGAAUUGCUCUAUCACCGUCCAGACAUGGGAACUGACGGCUGCUACACUUUUCGCUGGUCGCAACCGGCCGAAAAGGUAUUCGUCACUGGCACCUUCAACAACUGGGCGCGCACGCUCAGGUUGGACCGCAAAGGCGACAUUUUCGAGAAGGAAGUGCAGCUGCCGAUUACAGACGACAAGAUUGUCUACAAGGUAUGUCGAUAUUCGACCUUUUUCUCUUCUUCGCGGUGGUGGUGAAAUCAGGUUGAUGCGCUGCCUUCGUUGACGUCAUGUUAUCUCUCCCCCCGCCCCCUUUCUCUUCCCUUUUGGCGCGCCCCCGCCACCAGGCUUACAGGCUCCCAUAUUCGCUUCACUUCCUUGCUCGUAUCCUUCUCUUCCUCUUCUCACACGAUAUAAAGUUUAUAGUGGACGGUACCUGGACAACGGACAAAGACGCUCGAGAAGAGGAAGACAGCGACCACAACGUUAAUAACGUGCUCCUUCCCGAGGAUAUUGAGAGAGCUUCACCGUCUCUUAUCAGACGUCUCUCUGCCGCACUCAUGGCUGGUGUCACACCUGAGUCGACCACUGCUGCACUCGCAGCGCAGGUCCCCAAGGAAUCCGACAACACUUCCCAAGGACAAGCCAACGGAAACCUGCCGGGCACUUUCCCCGAGACUCCUGCCAACGAGGCUGAACAGUUUAAAGUAAACCCGAUACCCGCUUCUAGCGGUAUCGGCAACCCAACCUCAGCUGAACCUGAUCAAAUCUCGAAGGAUGCUGAACAGUUCAGCGUGAGUCCUAUUCCUGCUUCGACUGGCGUUGGUAACCCAAUCACACUUAAUCCUGGGGAGAAAGUCCCCCAGGAUGUCAGUGCAAAUACGGUCGAGUCGACGGUCAGGACAGACAAGGAAGCAUACGAAGGAGAUGUUAGCUCUCCAGUUAUUCCUGAGCUCAAAGAAGGGGAAGCUCGGCAGUUCAGCGUGAAUCCUAUUCCUGCUUCAACGGGUGUUGGAAAUCCAAUCACGCUUAAACCCGGGGAAAAGGUUCCUCUACCCGCGGAUAUAACUGCCAAUACAGUUGAAUCAACGGUCAGGACAGACAAGGAAGCAUACGAAGGAGAUGUUAGCUCUCCAGUUAUUCCUGGGCCGAAAGAAGGGGAAGCUCGGCAGUUCAGCGUGAAUCCUAUUCCUGCUUCAACUGGCGUGGGCAACCCGAUCACACUCAGACCUGGGGAGAAGGUUCCCCAGGAUGUCAGUGCAAAUACAGUGGAGUCGACGGUCAGGACAGACAAAGAAGCAUACGAAGGCGACGUCAGUGCCCCAAUUGCCCCAGGAGCUGCUCCGAUCCGAAGCGAGAGUGACGAGGCUGGAGAAAAAAUUCCUCCAGUAUCUGCAGACUUGGAAUCGAUGGCAAACGACUCUGUGAUCCCUCCCGUCUCAACUGGUUUGACUCCAGAGGCAAGUCUUCCUGAGGGAAGACGGCUCACUGAUACUGGUGUCACUAUCCAGUCAGCAGCGCCAACGGCUACCGCCACAGAACUAGCUGCGGCUGUUCCCCUGGAGAAGAAUGCAAAGGAUAAAGCCCCAGCAUCUGAGACUGCCAGGACCCAAGGCGACACUGGCGUUACUAUACAGUCAGCUGCACCAGCGGCCACCGCUACCGAACUCGCUGCGGCCGUUCCCUUAGAGAAACAUGCACAAGAUAAAACCUUGGCACCUGAGACUGCCGCAACUCCAAGCGAUAACGACGUCACUAUACAGUCAGCUGCACCUGCUGCGACUGCUACCGAACUUGCAGCAGCUGUUCCCCUGGAGAAGCAUGCAAAGAAUACGGAGACUGGGGCAACCCAAGGCUCUACAGACGUAGAGGUUCCUGGAAUUGUGAAGAAGUCAUUGAGGGAAGCGCACAAAGAUCCCGAGGCGGCUGGCUACCCUGAAGUCGUCGAAGAAAAGAAGGAGCUCGAACAGGAAAUCCUCCAGAAGGUUCCUCCAAGUGAAUCGGCUGGAACUCCUGGCCACACUACGACCGCUGUCAACGUAGCAACUGCUCCAGCUCCAACCGGCGACGCUGCUAGUGUCAGAGAUACGGAGUCAAAGCCCCAGACUACAGGACCUCAAGCUACCGGAGCUACUACUGGACCCUUAGUAACAACCGGUAUCGCUGAAGCUAAGACGUCGGAAGUGUCUGAGGGUAUCGCUGCUCCAGCUGCACAGGACCAAGCCAAGGAGACUGCAGCAAAGGGUCCCCCAUCCACGGCGCCGGCGGCAGCAGCAGCUGCUGCUGCUGUCACUGCCUCGCAGACGCGGGACCCCCGUCCGGAAAUCCCGUCAAGCAAAGCACAGGAAAACAAAGGAGAUGAGCAUGCAACCAAUGGAAACCAUGCUGAGACAAGGGAGAAGAAGAAGAAACACGGAUUUUUCUCGAAGUUGAAGGAGAAAUUCAAAGCAUGAGUAAUAUAGGGUUCAUACCAUUUUGUGACAGGUUUGGCUAAUCGGGAUGGGUGGAAUUGUUUAUAUGUUUUUUGAAUAUACCUUUUUGCGUAUUUGUUUUGGGGGGUUAUUUAUUCUCUGUGGAUAAGUUCGACUUUUGUCAUUGUUGGGCCUCAGAUUGGUAUAUGUUCAUAUGUUCAUGCAGGGUGAUUCUGCGCUCUUCCUGUAUACAGAUGAAUAUACAUAAUAUCCAUAACUAGCACAAAGUACACAGAAUCCUUUGAAAUCAGGGCCAAGGGCUAAGGCAGGCACAGUUCACUGUUCCGGCAUGGAUCUUCAGCAUCGUGCGUCAUCAUGACUGAAUGAGGGAACAACCCUCUGGGACGUCGGUUUCACCGUCCUCUCAUGAUGUUUGCAACUGACUCAAGCAAACAAGUCUCAAUAAAUAUUAUCCCUCGUCCUCU